UUAGACUGCGCGGUAACAGAUCCAACCUUGACACAAUAACGCUAAGCCUUACCAACAAUUUCACUAUUUGGAUCAGCCAAUGGAAACAAGACUGGCCCCAUCCACCCACAACAUCACUGGCUAUAAAUAUCGAGCUGUAAUUGUCUCGUUAAUUAUCUUGCCUAGCCGAGUUCAGUAGGAAUGUCUAAAGUUAAGGUUGGAAUUAUUGGGGGUUCUGGAUUCGAUGACCCAAAUCUAUUCAAAAAAGUAGGAGUGCGACAAGUGACUACUCCGUUUGGAAAGCCGUCAGAUGCUCUUAUCGAAGGUUUUGUUGGAGAUGUUGCAUGUGUUGUGCUUCCCAGACAUGGUAAAGGACACUUAAUUCCGCCCAGCGAAGUCAACUAUCGCGCCAACGUUUGGGCGUUGAGAGAUCUCGGGUGUACUCAUAUAUUAGCUACCAACGCUUGUGGUAGUCUACAGGAGGACUUAGUACCUGGAGAUUUCGUUGUUCUCAAUCAGUUUUUGGAUAAAACUUGGGGUCGUGAAAAUACGUUUUAUGGAAGUAAACCUGAUUCAUUGAAAGGAGUCUUACAUAUGCCGAUGGCAGAACCAUUUUGUGAAAGAACACGUCAGAUGUUAAUCCAGGCGGCCAAAAAUAAAUCAAUAAAUGUUUAUGACAAAAAAACUAUGGAUAAAUCCGCCUGUAUUCAUCCAUGUGUACAUACUGAAGGUUCUGCAGUAACUAUCAAUGGUCCACGUUUUUCAACUCGUUGCGAAUCAUUUGUUCAUAAGGCAAUGGGAUUGGAUAUAGUUAACAUGACAUUAGUUCCUGAAGUUUCAUUGGCUCGUGAAGCUGGUUUAAGUUAUGCUUCUAUAGCAAUUGUUACAGAUUUUGAUUGUUGGAAAGCAGAUGAGGAACAUGUCUGUGUUGAUAUGGUUUUGGAACAGUUUCGUAAAAGUAUUGUUCACGUUAGAGAAAUUCUAUUAGAGGCUGUGGCAUUGAUUGGUGCUGAAGACUGGACAAAAACCAUUGAAGCAAAUAAGGCGCUAGUGUCCAGCUCGCGUCAAGACUUGCUUCAUCAAGAAAGUAAAGGCAAAUAAAUAUGAGGAUAAUCGGAAUUUAUUGUCUGUGAACAUGAACAAAUGAAGUUUAAUUGACUAUUUUACAAAUAAAGAUUUUAAAGAAUGUUCUUAUUUAAUUGACAGUAAUUAUGAAAUUGAAUAUUUUUCAUGACAAGUGUUUUCUACUUUUAAUUGGUUGUUUUGUUAGAAUCCUAUGAAAUUUGUAUUUGAAAAUAAAACUUAAAACAAUAAAAUGAGCAAGCAUUUUCUUUUUUUUUAAUUCGGUUCAGUGUAAACAGUUAGAAGUGAAUUCAAUCAGGCACACAGCCAUGAGUAAUGUAGAAUCUGGCACAUUCGUUUUUAAUCAGUUCAAUAUGUUUCUAUACGCUAUGUUUAUCAAAACUGUGAUAUAUGCGUGAUGUAUUACAUGAAAUCGAGUUUGCAAUGGAUUCUGGAGAUCGUUCAUAACUGACACCAUCUGAUGUCGAGGACUAAAAUCUGAAGAUGAACACAAGUGACAGCUCAAAAUAACUUAAAUCAAGUUAUUCCCCUGUUUCUCCAGGUAAAUCUCACUAAGAUAGUCUAGGAACAACUUUCUAGACUUAUUAUACGGAAGAAGUAUUUAAUUUCCGGGGCAUUCAAGAUCAUAUUUUAGUAGUAAUAAUAAAAUGACCAACUAACCUAAUAUUUUGAAAUCAACUUUUAGUUAGAGUUUUCAAUUGAGGAGGUCCGUGGUUUGGACUCAGGUUCAGUUAUGUAUUUCCUCAUAAAGUUAUUAUGGCAUCCAUUUUGUUGUGGCGUCGCCCUUAGCAUGUCUAAUUCUUCUAUAUUAUCCUAAUAGUAUAGUCACUGGAUUUCAUCACUCAGAUAUUUAAAUAGAUUAAUUUUAUGUUGCGGGGUGUGAAGCACGUCCAUCGAUUGUUUUGACAUGUGAAGAAUAAGAUACCGUUCAAUGAAAUCCGUCUCUCUAAUAGGUUGUAUGAUCUAUGCAGUAGGACUGUGCUGAGUAAAGAAGCUUGGACGGAACUGUAUAUUCACUGACUUACGCUUGUUACUCCCAAUGUAGCUAUAGGCCGCCGAACCACUCUGCCCUGGGCAUUCCUUUCUAGUUCUAUCCAAUUGUUGUUCAUUCUUCUUAUGUCUGUCUCCAUUUCUCG